CUCCUGACUUUGAGCACAUGACUAGGCGUGUUUACCUGCAAUGCAAUGCAGUGAUACAUGCAAGUGAAGUGUAUUUACCUCUAUUUGUAGAAAAUUGACAAGCCGAGGUGAAUACUUUCGCUACAUUGACAUCACAUAAGGGCAGUGGCUACAUUUAAAUACUUUCACUUUAUUUCACACAAAACCCUUGAAAGCUUGCUUGGAAAGUGUACUGCAGGGACAUUAGCUAGCAUCUGUCUGGCAUUGUGCAAUACGAAGCUAGCUAGCUAAAUAGCUAGAAGCUACUUCGAAAGGAGUGAGUUCUGGCAGCAGGUGCAACAGAUGCAUUCCUGAUUGUCCACCAGAAGCCUCUCUACAGGCAGUAUGGAGGAGUCAGAUGUGGAGCAGGUGUCCCUGGCGCUCAUGGAUGCUGCCAAUGACCGGGAUCCUGUGGUGCAGGAGCAGGUCAGGAAGUCCAUGCUGAGACUAGGCAAACAGCAACCUGACAAGAUCCUGUUCAUGUGCCAGGACUACCUGCUGAAGCAUCCCAAGCUGAUAGUUGGACAUCGAGUGGUCAUCCUGCAAACCAUUGAACUGGUUGUGAAGUCCAAGAUCGAUGACAUAAGCUACCCUAAAAUAAAGAGCAUAAUCUCCCUGGCAUCGGAUGAGAUGACUAGAUCAAAGGAAGUAGUACCCGAUUGGCAACAGGCAGCUAGCAAUAUUUUGGUUGCUGUGGGGAAUAAACAUAUCAAUGACAUCAUGGAGGAGAUUCUCAGCAAAUUCCAGCCAGGGGUGCUGCCUCACUUCUUUGUAGUCCAGACAUUGGCAAAUCUCUCUGAUUCUAAUGUGUAUGGCAUGGUGCCUUUUCUCAAUGCCAUCCUGGGUACCAUGCUUCCAAUGCUGAGCAUGGCCAAGCAAGACAACAUGAAGUGGGUCUUCUCUUCUGCCCUGUGCCACUUCAGUGAAAGUAUUCUGGAGUACUUGGCUAACUUGGACAAGGCCCCAGACCCCACGGUGCGGAAAGACACCUUCUCCAGCGAGGUCUAUGCUGCCUAUGACAUCCUGUUCUGCAUCUGGUUGCAGAGCAGGGAGACCAAGCUGCGGCUGACUGUGGCUGAAGCUCUGGGGCCUAUGAGUCAUCUGAUGGCCCACGACAAGCUGGAGGAACAGCUCCCCAAGCUCAUUCCCACAAUGCUCUCCCUCUACAAGAAAAACACAGAGCAUUACAUCAUCAGCAAGAGCCUGUGCCAGAUUCUGGAUGCUUCCGUGAACAUGGGCAGCAGGGUGCUGGAGACCCAGAUUGACGGCCUGCUGCUCGGUUUGCAUCAGCAGGUGUGUGCACCUGUAGACUAUAGCAACCCUCCAACUGUGAAGAACCACAAUGAGGUUCUCAGGUGUUUCAGCAUUAUGGCAAACACCUUCCCGGACCGCUUGACUGUGUUCGUUCUUCAGAAACUGGAGAACAGCAAUGAACGCAACCGUAUGGGGUCCCUGGCUGUUCUGAGACACCUCAUCAACUCCUCCACAAUCAUAGAGGUGAAGAGGCCUCUUAUUCUUGCCAGCAUCAGAGUACCGCUACUUGACAACAGCAACAAGGUGAAGAAGAUGGUUGUUCAGGUGAUCAGUGCCAUGGCUCAUCAUGGUUACAUGGAACUGGAGGGUGGAGAGGCCCUGGUCAAAUUCAUCGUCCAGCACUGCGCCCUCCCCAACAGCCAACUGGGGCACCGGCCCCCCGACCCAGAAGAAGUGACUAACGAGGCCCUGCGGUCCAUGUGUGAGAACACCCUGCACCUCUUCACCACCACCGUGGGCCGCCUCGCGGACGUUCUGUGGCCCUCCCUGUUGUGCUACCUGACCCCAAUGCAGUACGCCAAUGCCACUACACCCCUAUGCAAGAGCCUUAUACUGCUGGGGAACAAGAAGAAGGCUGCGCAGGAGUCCAACUUCACCAUUGACUUCAAGGAGCAAGCCAGUCUUCCUACGCCCUACGUACUCCUGACUAGGCUCCUGGUAAAUGCGUCCUUCCCUUUUUGGAGACGCGAACAGGGUAACCCCUCGUUGUGUCUUCUGAAAGUGUUGAGCACCAACAUUCAUCCCAAAACAGAGACAGUGUGGGACACGGAGAUCCCUCUGCUUCUUAAUUACCUGGAAGACUGCACAGAAGAAACAUUAAACAGGAAGCAAUGGGAGGGAAGUCUUCUUGAGCUUUUGUCCAAGACUCUGGUGGCCGUUCAGGAUGACAAGUGGAGCUGUCAGUUGGCUGUUGAGGCAACACGCUAUCUCCCUACCUAUAACGGCUCUCUAGAGGAAAAGAGCUUUCUCUACAAAUUCAUCGGUGUGACAUUGCAGCAGUGCUACAACAAGGACCUUGUCAAGAAGCUGCUGCAGGAAAUCCUGGUUGGCGCGCGUCACAACGACGCCAUAGAAAGAACGGGAGUUGCGGUGGGAAUUGGGCUUUGCGCCAGUAGCCAUCUCGAUGGCACUUUGGCCAAACUGGAAGAUUUUGGGAAAUCGGAUGCCUUCAAGAAAGCCUCAGGAAUAUUUGGUCUGCUAAAAGACAAGAAUGACGUGGAGGUGGAGAAGAUCAAGAGCAGCCUGAUCCUGUGCUACGGGUAUGUGGCGCUAUACGCCCCUCCAGACCAGAUUCUCGGCAGAAUCGACUCUGACAUUUUGAGGAGUAUCAGCAAGCACUUCAACACCAAGGUUCUGGGAAUAAAAGUAGAGACCAAGGAUCUGACGAUGAAACUCAGCCUGAUGGAGAGUGUGGGGCUGAUUGCGCAGGCUGUUAGCGUCUGUGUGCGGCAGCAGAGCUACACGUUCACCCGCAAGCAGGAGCUCUUGGGAGUCAUGCUGGAUUUUAUGAAAGCAGAACCGCCUGAUGUGAUGCGCACUCCAAUUCGCCAUUUAGCCAUGACCACGUGUGCUCACCUCAUAAACCUGGACCCCAUGCUAUCAGAGAGUGAGAAUUUCGACCUGCUGCGUACCUGUCUGAACAGCAUGUACGGGCUGUCUCCUGUGGAGGACCCCGACAGGGGUAAGGAGGACGAAAUCUUGGACCCCCAGCAGAGAGAGGCGCUUUAUGCCGAUACGUUCCGCGCUCUUCACGACCUGCUGAGGAACAUUCUGGCAAGAGACCUGAGCCCUGAUGGACUUCAGGGUGUUUUCAAGCACAUCGAAGGCUGGCUGAGCUCAGGACGAGACUAUGAGCGGGAGAGGGCAGUGAGGACCAUAGCUGAGAUCCUGGAAUUCUACCUGGACAACCUGAAGGUCAAGAACAUGGUGACGUUCCAUAACCUGGGGGCCCUGCUGGGGCGCCUGGCUCCCCGCUGCACAGACCCCAGCGCUGUGGUGCGACGGGUGGCCAUAGACUGCAUCUACAACCUGCUGUACAUCCAGCUGCGCUACGAAGGGUUUGCUCUAGACUUCAAGGACGAGUCUGUGGAAAGUCUAAUAACCCUUCGUGAGCAGCUGAACAACCCUGACCAUGCCGUCUUGUACCGGACCUGCUCUGAACUUACAAAGAUCAUCAGUAAGCGGCUGCCCCAGCAGCAGCUGAACACGCUGAUCUUCAUGCUGUUCGAGGGCCUGGUGGACUCCCAGUCAAACUGUUCCCGUGCCUCCAGCGUGGUCCUGAACACUCUGCUGAAGAACAGGGGAGGAGGCCUGCAGGAUCUGGUGCCGGAGAUGCUGGAAGUGCUGCACAUCCGGCUGCAGGCCAUCUCAGAGGAGCAGGUGAAGGUGGCCGUGGCCCAGUCCAUCCUCAUAUUGGCCACUCAACACCUGCAGACUGUCGUCAACACCCUGGUGUCCUACCCCCUGCCCUUCGACAGCUGGAGCUGUGAGAUGUGGAUUGCUCUUGGGGCCGACAGCACACUGGCCUCUCAGAUCAUGGAGCUGAUCAUCGAGAAGCUCAACGUUAUGGUGCCCUACGUGGACAAGAAGGAAUCCAUGCUGAGGUCCGGCACCACCAAAGUGGCUACCAGUCACCCGUUAGCCAUGACCUGCGCCCUGCGGGAGAUGAUGCUGAACGGGCAGACUCUGGACGCCGUGGCAACGCUCUUCCCCCGGCUCUUCAGCACCCUAUUGGUGCGGCUGGGCUCCAGCGUGGGCGUCCUGCUCCCCAAAGACAUCAACAGCAACAGCAUCGGGCCCGAGAGGAGGGCGCCCGGCAAGCCGCCGGCCUCCUUCGACGUGUGCGGGGUGGCGGUGGAGGCGAUGCGCAUCCUAUUGGCCCGUGCCCAGCUGGACGAGGUGGUGAAGCCCCUGGACCGGGAGGGGGCCUGGGACAAACUGAAGGACCCCCAGAAACACAUUGAUGGGGUCACGCAGCUGGCCAGGGCCAUGGCGAAGCACGCGGGACCACGCCUGCCCGCCAUAGUGGAGAGCCUGUGCCCGUCCCUCAGCAACAUCUACGAGUGUCAGAGGAUCACUGUAACCGCCUUUUUCUCUGAGCUGCUGAACCACCAUGUCGUGACGGAGCUGAUGAUGAUGGACGUUCUGAUGAACAACAUGAUGGAGCGGAUCUCCGACCCCUGCGGAACCGUGCGCAUGCUGUCCAUCAGGGGGCUGGGGAACAUCGCCGUGGGCUCCCCUGAAAAGGUGAACAAGUAUGCAAAGGAGCUGCUGGCAGCCAUGAGCUCAGGAAUGGAGGAGAAGGACGAUCCUGGUAAACACAUCACCCUGGAGGCCAUGUCUGGCCUCUCCAAGGUCCUGCUCUACCUGGAUAAGAAGAACGUGCAGCUGCUGGUGGUCUACAUCUUCAUGAAGAUCAAGCCCUUUCUGGAGAGCGAGAAUGAUGAGAUUCGCAGUGCCUCCAUCAUGUUGCUGGGCAACCUGUCCAUGUUCGGGUCGGGAGAGCCUGUCUUUAAGGAUCAGAUCCACAACGUUCUGGUCAGCCUGCUUCUGCACCUCAAUGACCCCAGCCCACAAGUGGUCAAGGCCUGUAAGUAUGCAAUGCGAGAGUGUGCUCCAGUGGUGGGCUCAGAGCAAAUAACUUCCAUGUUCCAGAAUCAUCUGCAUGAGGACAAAGGUUUGCACUAUGGAGAGUUCAUCAAUGACCUCACCAAAUACAUUAUUCAAGACUUCCCUGCCAUGCUCAACUUCUACCACAUCACAGUCAUCCAGUUCUUCAAAAGUAACUGGGCUGAGGUUCGAGCCAGCGCUGCCAUGUUCAUGGGGUUUCUUUUAGGAAAUCUUCCAGAGGAGUACUUUUCACAAAUGAACAUGGCGAGUUUGACGAAAGGGCUGGUUCAGCUGCUACAGGAUCCCGACCCUCUGGUCCGAGCCAAGGCUGCUGAGGCAAUGGGACGCUUCCACUGAAACCGCUGACCGGCCCGUCCUGCAGCUGCUCUAAAAAGAAAGAAGAAAACCCAAAAUGUGGCCCAUACUUGAAUUACCCCUCAAAGAAUUUAGCGACCAAAGACUGUGUACUCCACAUCUGUAUCAGCCCCAUGCUCAAGCAGCUGCAUCCUUCCAUUCCAGCCUAGUUGAACUGUAUGUGAAAAGCAGUGACAGCAGUUUUCUUAUUUUUUUCUUUUCUGUUUUCGUCAGUGGUAGGGCAGGCGAGUGUGUGGUAGUUGUGUGUUGGCAGUUGAACUGUUUAAGAUGCAGUCUUUAGGGGGCUGAACCUUUUGUGCACCACAGAUUGUUAAUCUAGUUAAACCUCACAUCUCUUAUCGUCUUUACCUCACUGCAUCAAGAGCCUUUGGUUCUUCCAUCUUCUCUACUCCACCUCCUCAGCCUCCUUCUUCCUUUCUUCCUUUUCUGCCCAUCCCCUUCUCUACCCUCUCUUCAUCCUUUUUUGUGCAGCACCCUCUCUUCCUCUCCAUUUCAGUUUAUCCUCCCAUUCCCAUUUCUUACCUUCACCCUUCAGUCUGACCCCUUUCCACCUUGGCCCCUUGUCCUCAGUGUCAUGUGGGUGUGGGAUGAUGAGUCCUGUUGGUAUGAUUGCAAACGUGUGCAGUAACUGGUAUCAGGUAGUCGGGAAGCAAGGGGUUGAGGGAGCAUCAUUGUCAAAAGUGAAUCUGUUCUCUCUCUUUCUCUCUCUCUCUCUCUCUGUAUCCAGCUCUCUCUCUCUCUCUCUAUUUAUCAUCUCUCUCUCGCCAAAUGCAUUCUCUUUUGUUUAUAUCACCUCCCCCCCCCCCCACCCCCCCAGAAAAAAGGAGACUUAAAAAGGUGUAGCUUUCACUUGGAGAUGUACCUACGCCCAUCUCCUGCGGCCGGACAGCUGUCCGCAGUAUACUGUAGCACUGCAUAUGCAUCCAGCACUUCUUAGCGGCACUGGGCAGACAAUGUUGACAGAAUGGGCGUUCCUGUGGAAACGUCGCAUCAACAAAGUGCCAAAUGAGAAUUAUGAAGAUGCUUCAGAAGAAGAAAAAAAUGCAAUAAUGUUUUAAUGUUAGUGUUUUUCCCCAUAUACGUCCUCUCAUUCUGUCCCCAUCAAGAUUUGGUUCUAUGUCCACUGCUUGGAGUUUGUCUCUAACUACUUUAUUUCCCAGGUUUUAUUUGCUCCCCCCCCCCCCCCCAGUAUGGUACAUUGUAAUGUUGGUUGCACUGUGUUAAGCGGAUGAGGAGGAUUCACUCCAUCACUUGCUCCACUGUGGGAUCAUUGAUGGCCUAAAUCAGUUUCUGUAUGGUACGUUGCACUACACAGUACACAGUCUAGAAAUGACACAUCGGUGUUUCAUUGUCUUAAAAAUCAGCAUCCUAUUAAUGUAUUUAUCAGUGGUGUGGGAAAGUGGGCUUUUUAAAAAUUUGCUUUCCUAGUUUGUCUUAAGCCUUCCGCGCAGGGAGAGUGAGUUUGGUUACGGUAUGUUUGUUUAUUUGGUGAAAGCUACUGUUUGUCAGUGUAUUUAGGGGUUCUAUAGUUCUAUUGUGGAAAAGAACCACAUAAAACUAAUGGGACUGAGCUUUAGGCAUCAGCUGGAAAGUAUUCUAGCAUCUGCAAUUGUAAAAUGCCUUGAUUUUUGUUUUCUUUUAAAUUGUCCAUAAAAGGUGCACUAUUGUUAAUGUCUUUGACUUCCACUAUGAUGGAGAACAGACUAUAGACAGUGAUUAUUGUCAUUUUUUAUUUUAACAUUAAUUAUUAAAGUGAUUAUUCCAGAA